AUGGGCCUCGCGUCCCACGCGCAGCAGCAGCAGCAGCAGCAGCGUACGCGCAGCCUGCCCACGCCACCCACGGCUGCCGCGUCAGGCUCGGCGCUUCCGAGCGCCGCGACGACGACGGCGGCAAGCCCGACGACCACAGCCACCAGCCCGUCGGCCAGCCCGGGCACCGCGCAGCCGCCUCUGUCCCGCGCCCAGUCGAUGGCGCGCACCACGUCGUCGUCGCUGGACAAGCCCUCGCCGCCGCUCCCGUCGCCACCACCGGGCGUCACCAUCCACCCGCAGUACACGACUGGGGACGUGACCAUCCUCGCGCGGGGUGAGGGGCAGGGGCUCGUAGGCUUCCGUGUCAAGUCGAGCGCGUUGGGGCGCGCGAGCGAACAGAUCCGCGACUACCUCCCCCAACUUGGCCCGUCGCGGCAGCUGAGCGUAGGCGAGAGCGCCGCCGAGGUCCACCUGCUCCUCAACGCGCUGACGCGCGGCCUCGUCCCGCGCCCGCCAGAGCAGCCGCACACGCUGGCAGAGUACCUGGCCCUGCUGCGCCUGUACGAGCGCUACCGCGUGCGCGUGCUCUACCGCAGCAUGCUGGUCGCGCGCGCCGAGGACAAGGCGUUCGACCUGGUGUACCCCCUGUCCGGGGCCAAGGGCCAGACGCUCACCCGCGACGACAUGUACAACUUUUUCCGGCUCGCGCAGGAGGCGCGCUCCGCCAAGCUGUGGGAGACGGCCCUGCGAUACGCCGGCAACUGGGGCCCGCAUGCCAAUCCGUGGCGCCUCGGCACCGAGGACUAUACCGAGCUCGGCGCGGGCACGUUUGAUGUGCUCCUCGCGCUUGAGGCGCUCAACUCGACGUUUGGAGAUGGUAUCGCAAGUCUGCGCGUGGUUUAUCCCGAGGAUGGCCGUACCGCCGUGGUACGCUCAAAGGAUCCCAAGACGCUCCACUACGUCUAG